AUGGCAGAAAACUAACUUUACUUAUAUUGGAGAUACUAUACAAAACCUUAUGUUUCAAUCAAUUAAUUGUCAUUUAGAAUUAUAAUCAUAGAUUAAUAUGUAGAUUAAUAAUUUCUUUAAGAUUUUGGAUAAUUAUUAUUACAAUUAUCUUUUCUUAAUAUGAAUUAUGAUUUAAUCUUAUCUGGAUAAAAUUAGCCAAUAUUCUUAAAGCAAAAAGAUGAGACUUUAACAAUUGAUCUUCUUGAUAAAAUUUUACAUGCACUUAUUGGGAAAUGUAAUUAGGAUUUUAUAUUAGUAAAAGAAAAAGCUUAAAAUAAUAAUGAUUUUGUAUUACUAUUUACUAAAUAAUUAUUUGAAAUGUCAAUUAUAUGUAAAAUUGAAUUAUAAAAUGAAGGAUUGAAUACUAUUAUUCUAUUUCAAGAUCAAAAUCAUUUUAACACAAUAGAUAUUAAAAAUGGACAAAUUAUAAAUAGUUCGAAUAAUAUAUUCGAAUUAUUAAUUCAAAUUUAACAAUAAUCAUCAGUAUUAAAACAAUAAAUGUUUUAUAAUCAUCAAGAAAAAGAGGAAUUAAAAAAAAAAAUUUUUAGAUUAGAUUAUUAGAUAGACUAAAAAGAAGCAAAUAGCUUAAGAGGAUUACUAGAGAUUAAUAAAUUUACAAAAUAUUCUUUAUCAUCAAAAGGAACUACUAUAGAUAUAAAAGGUAUCAUCAAAUUUUUUUGUACUAAUGGAACUGCUAGGGAUAUAUUGAGGAGAAAAAAUAGAGGAGGAAAGUCUCUUUAUCUUUUUGAGGUUGUUUUAGAUUUAAGUUCAAUGUCAAAGGCAAUACUACUAGAAAUUGUAUAACCCUUUUUAUAUUAAUUGAUUGCAAUAUGUAAGGAAUGUUAGAUAAUUUGUAAUUUGGCAAUUUUAAAUAAUGCUCUAAUAAUCAUAAAAUCAAAUUUUUCUACUACAUGGACUGAUUAUGAAUAUUCAUUAUUAACUUAACACUUAAUUGAUAAUUGUGAUUAAGUAUCGACAAAUAGUAAUGUUAAAGUAUUCUAAUAUAUAUUAGAUUAAUUUGAGAAAUUUAUCCAUUACAAAAAAUUUUUGAUAUUUAUUAAUCACUCUUUUUAUAAUUAUCAAUACCAAGAACUUUCAUAAAAAAUUAAUUUGGCUUAAUAAAAGCAAAUAAAAAUAGUAUCUUUAGGAGUAGAUAUAAAAAAAUAUAUCAAUCGUUCAAUUGAAGGAGUUAUUUAGUAUUCAUUAUGCCAAUCAUAGAAUUUAUAUAUAAUUCUAAAAAAAUUGUUUACUAAAGUCUUGGAUUUUGAAAAUUUAAACUAGGUCUUCUAGUUUUAGCAAAAUAUCAAUUAAUAUCCAAGAAAAUUAUAACUUCUGAAAUUUAGUUCAACAGAUAUUUAAAUUAAUUGUUAUUUGAAUAAAUAUUUUAAUUAUAGAAUAGAUGAUAUAUAAGAUGAGGGUUUUGAAAGAAUUCCUUUUUUCAAAGUGGAUCCAUUAUUAUUUCAUAUUCUAAUGUUAGAAAAUGAAAUAAAAAGAUUAUAAAAUUUAAUCAAUAGACAACCAAUAGAAAAAUAAAAUAAAUGA